AUGAAAUUGACGCUGUCAAAAUUCCAAGGCCUUCGCUUGUUGAGUGCGAAUUAUUUUCGUUUUCGUCGUCCCCAUUGCGAAGAUAGCAAAAUAAUAUUUACUUUCUGUCUCACUUAGCAAAAGUGGCGACGAUAAUAAUUAAACGAUAGUGCGAUUUGCGUAUUAUGUAAUGUCAACUGGUGUAUAAACAUAACAAUUGCAUUUUGUCACGACAUCGAAUUAUCCGAUUGAUGUGAUACCAUGACCAGCCUUCAGAACGGGGACGAAGAUUCGUUCAUCAUCCUCGGAGCUUCUCCAGGGUCGAGCCUGGACAUGAAGUGCAAUGGCAUAGACCACGGAGACGUGACCCUGGAUAAGGAGCAAAUGGAGGAAGCUAUGAAGGACUUGUCUGUGGAAGCUAAUAUGGCUUUUAAGGCCCAUUUUAAGCUUGGGGAUUGUCCAUCACCAGCGAGCAUGAUGGUGGCCAGUACGAUGAUAACAGAUGACAGAAGCACAGAGGAAUUGCAGAAACGUUUUGGGGAACUUCUAGACGAAAACGUGAUCUUAAAGGAGACUUUAAAACAAAAUAAUGAGUCUAUGAAAGAGCAGUUUUUGCUGAUCGCAUCCUGUCAAGAAGAUAUGAUGAAGACCCAUGUUUUACAUAAGGAGAAGUUUGACGAAACCAAGGAACUGGUUGAGAAGCUCCGCCAAGAGAACAAAAAGCUGAAGUCAGACAUAGCUCGUUUAAGCGAAGCCGAGGCGCAUUCAGUGAGCAGCGAGACGGGCGAGUCGCUGCACUCGAGCAAGCCCACUGGCGCGUCCGGCCCGCCGUCCGUGAUGGAGUUCGUCACGUCUCCAGACGACGACACCAUUAACAAACUGACUGCGCAGCUUGAGCUUGUUGAGAAGCAGAGGAGACAGGUGAUAGUAGAUAACGAAAAGCUGACAUGGCAGAAGGAGUCACUAGAGCACAUAGUGGACGCCACCUCCAAGGAGAGAGACGACCUCAAAGAGAAACUUAAGAAUGCUGAACUUCUUCUAUCAACAAAGGACACAGAACAUGCUACAGAAUUAAAUAAUCUCAGGCUCACGAUACAAGAUUUAGAAGCACAAGUGCAGACCGCCAGUAAUUUUACCAGCAUAUCGUCAGAGGAAGUGACGAAACGUGACCAGUUGCUACGUCAGCUAGAAGCCAAGGUGACCUCACUGCAGAGCGAGCUCAAGACUGCACAGCUCAGGAUAUUGGAGCUCGAGAAUGUUAAGUUGGAAUUCACAAAAUACAAGUCUGGCGUAUCGGAAGCUACCAAGAUAUACAAGGAUCAAAUACAGGACUUGCAUGUCAGGCUAAAGGAAGCCUCCACUACUGUGUUCCAACCGGUACGUUUCUCAAUCAGUUCGGAGUCCGACUCUGGGUCGUCAGAAUACUCCAGUCUGACAUCAAACGUCAAGUUGUAUGACAAAACGUUGAAGCAUUUGGCUGAGCUGCUCAAUAUAUUGACUCAUGGCAUGUCAGACAGUCUAGUCCAGACUUUAGGCUUGGUGGCAAGUCUUCACGACUACAAACUGGAAAGGGUGACAGCAGAUCAGUUCAAAGCUGGCUUAGCUGAGGUUAAGUCACAGCUUGAGAAACAGCAUAGUACUGCGUUGAAUAAUAUAGGCCAAGUCCGUGGCAGCCUAUCAAUCUUCGAAGGCAUUUUCAAGGACUACAGCGAAGUCCUAAAGAAGUCGGUGUCGAAGCCCCGGGUGGAGCGCGGCGGUAACGUGGAGGCGCUGACCGCAGCCCUGGUCGCCCGGGGGCAGGAGCUCGCAGCCCUGCAGGCCGAGGUGCACAGGCUCAAGGGGGAAAAGGAUGAUACGGAAUUGUUGAAGGCCCAGAUGGAUCUGUAUAAGAGUGACUUCGAAGCGGAGCGCGAAUCUCGCGAGAAGAUGGCGUCCGAGAAAGAGACCAUCAUGACAGAUCUCAGAACCACGAAGAAACGGAAUCAGGAAUUAACUCAACAGCUAGAAGAAGUCCGCAACAUAAACCCGGGGCUAUACCGCACGGUGACGUCACGCGGCGCCCGCCCCGCGUCCGCCGCCCGCGCCGCGCCCGCAGAGCCCGCGCGGACGCCCGCAAGGACUGCGCCGACGCAACCUACUGGGAACAUGGUGUUCACGUGUCCAAAAUGCAUGAGGUUUUCAUGUGACCAGUACAAAAUAAUGGAAGAUCACUUUGAUUUCUGCCUCGACGACUUUUAAUUACGGUAUAGUAAUAUACAGUCUAUUUUAAUGAAGUAUGACAUCUGUUGGCCUAGUUCAAUGUGAAUACACCAAUUAGAUAAAAUAAUGUAUGUGAUAUAAAUGUCGGUCCUUCUGUACGAAUUUGCUUUGACGUAGUCAAUACAUAUAUGUAUCUUAAAGAACUAUUCAUGUCACAACCCUCCGAUUCAUAAGCAAAGAUAAACGACAAAUACAAAGUCGAUUUUUAAUUAUGAAAAUUAAAUCAAUUCUGAGAGGUGCCAUUUAAAAGCUAGUUUGGUUCACAAAAUCCAUGUUCGACUUUAGUGAAAGCUUUUAGUUGCAAAUUGAAUGUAAAUAAAUCAAUAUUGUGUAUAUAAUAAAAAAUAUUACUAUAGUAGUAUUUUUGCACAAACUAUUCCAUACAAAAUUACGAAUUCCUUAAGUUUGUGGAGCUAUGGUAUCAGACAACACGUCACUAUGUUCAUAUUUUCAUAAACGUCUUCCGGUAACGGUAUUACCGUACUUAUAUGUUUCUAUAUGAAAAAAAAUAUUUUGUUAGAAAAAUGCCGCCCAUGUUCUGUCCGUAAUAUCGUAGUAUUUGGGUCACUCAUGGCUUAUGAAUUUACAAAGCGUUAUUUGUAACAGCUUAAAUAUAUAAUUUGCUAAAAUAUUCUUUAUAUUUUUCAUUGUAAAUCUAUUUUUUUUGCAAUACAUGGAAUGCCCAAUUUCCCAAAAUAUUCCGUCUAAACUGGCAAAAUGUAUUUAGUUUUAGGUUCGUAAAAUUGGGAUGGUGUAUAUAGAGCUUAUUGAAGGAGUGCCUGUUUUCUGUCAAGGCAAAAUUAAUACUAACAUUUUAUGAAGUUAUCCAAAAAGCAGAACCGCGAUAAUUAUGUACAACCAACGUGAAUUUAGUUCUUCUGAUUUUUAAAUGGCGAACUAUAGAUCCAACUAUAUAUUUGCUUGCCCAAAAGAUUUCAGCUGCGCAAAAUUUUGCGCAUUUUGCGCAAAAAUAACUUUCAAGGUUCUUACUUGACUCCAAUGUGCAAUUGGGAUAACUUAUUAGAAUGUUAGUGCAAAUUAAUGUGUGAUUGUUAUGAGACUGGAUUAUAUUUAUUUAGGAAAUUCCAAAUUUAUAUUUGAGUAAUUAUAUUCGCAAUUGUUAGAAACAUUCAAAUUAUUUUUUAGACUAAUUAGCUUAGCGUACAUUCCUUGAAUUUUAGACAACGUGCAACGUUUGGUAAUUAUGGUGUUUUUAUGUUAAUAAUAUAAUAAAUUAAAUGCUUAAUGCGCAACGUUACUUUUAUAUGUAAAAUGUACUGUAUAUAAAACUUGUUGCAGAUUAUGUAGGUGAUAAAAUGCCAUUUAGGACCUUAUGCGAGACCUCGGGUUUUACGUACCUUAGAGCCUUGUAUCUCUGGUCAUGUUUAAAUGAUGUCCCGUAGAAUAUGAGUAUGGUUCUGUCAACUCAUAAGGUUAUGGCACACAUGACGGGCACGGCACGGCGCUGCUAUAGCAAGGCUCGUGUUCGGUAGCUGCAUCACCCUGUCAUUAAUGUUUUAUAAAGUUACGUUUUAAAUGCUAGCUGCCGACUGCAAUCUGGCAUCGACAGCGAUUGCAACUUCAUGCAGUCGCGGCAUGUGCGGUCGACAGCUAGAUUUCAAAACGUACCUUCAGAGAUACGAUUUAAGACUUCAAUUCAAAUGACAUGAUAAUCGCUAGGUUGGAGCUUCGUCCUGCCGUGCCGUGUAUGUAACGUAUAUUUUUAUAUCUCUACGUAUUUCACUAGUCUUCCUUGAGAUUAGCCGAAUUUCGGUUAGAAGAAUAUUUUUUUUUGUCAAAUCUGCAACGGGAUUUUGUUCACCGCAUCUUGCGAUAUUUUUAAUGACGUAUCUACGUACAUGUUUUCUAUUGAAAAGAUUGGGGCUAUAUAAGACGGUUAUAGCUACUCGUUCAAUAUCUUUGGGCCAUUCAUUAGGCAGAGUAAGAUAUCGCGUACAGCAUUGAAUUUUUUGAGGUCUGGUGACUUGGCAUAACUCAGACUUAUCUUAUAGCUUUACAUAAUUUGAGUUUGUUGGGCAAGGUUCGACAGCGCACCUCAAUAUUUAAGAAAAAAAAACAAGCAUCAUUCGGAAAUACAAAGUUACAAGAAAACUGACCUAUUAAUUUUCGUCAUCAUUUUUUUAUGAACGCCAGCCCGUUAACGGUCGUCUUUUUUUCUUAAACCAACUUAAAUAGCCCCAUUCACAAACAUAAUAUAAAUCUAGCGUGCUAAUGUUGCCAUUAACAUAAAAUGAACUUUAUUUAGUUAUCUGUAAUUAAUUCAAUAAUGUAAGGAAUUGAAUAAUAAUGUAAUUAUGUAUACUUAUGUACUGUGAUCCCCUGAACUGCGUUGUCAUAUCUGAUGUCAAAGAUUUAUUACGUUAAAUAUAUGAAUUAGGAUUUUA